AUGGAUUUCAUAGAUGGUUUACCUAAGUCUAAGGGAAAAACUGUUAUCUGGGUUGUGGUAGAUAGACUAACCAAAUAUGCUCACUUUGUUGGUCUAUCCCAUCCUUAUUCAGCAAGUGAAAUAGCUAAAUUGUUCAUGGAGAACAUUUAUAAACUUCAUGGGAUGCCUGAAGACAUUGUAAGUGACAGGGACCUUGUAUUUACUAGCAAAAGGAUUGGUAUUCUUACCUUGCUACUGUGGAAUGGUGGUACAACACCACUUUCCACAACUCAAUACAAAACCACUCCUUAUGAGGCCCUUUAUGGACAGCCUCCACCUAUGCAUUUACCCUAUAUAGCAGGAGAAUCAGGCAUGAAAGAAGUUGAUAGAAGUUUACUGACAAGGGAGUUCAAGAAUCAGCUUCUACAGUUUCAUCUCAAGAGAGCUCAACAGAGAAUGAUGGACCAAGCUAAUAAGCAUCGGUCGACAUGCGAUUUCAAGAGGGAUUGGGUAUACUUAAAAAUUCAACCUUAUAGGCGGUUACAUUAUGCGGGACGAAAUUUCAACAAGGCCUUGCCAAAUAUUAUGGCCCUUAUCAAGUAUUACAAAGAAUAG